AAGAACGCACGGAUCAACUUAAGCUUGUAAAGUAAACGUGAAAUACAACUCUCUUCGCUGAUAUCAUAGAGGCUGUCACACAAUCUGACCGGAGCAAUUGUGUGAUGGGGGAAAAGGGUAGUUUUGUGGUGCCUGAGUUGGCCGUUGAGGAUGAAGAAGAGGGUUUUGGGAGGAAGUAUGCGACGGAAGGGAAAAAGAGAAAGAAGGUUAGUGGGAAGGAGAGGAAGAAGGUUAGCAAGGGAGAGAAGAAGUAUGGAAUUAGUGGGGGGGAGGAGGGAAGUCAUUCAAAAUCAGGAUUGAUGAAGAAGGGAAUGUAUUCAGAGAAGCUGGCCGGAAAGGAAGAUGGUGAGGUCAAGGGGAUGUGGGAUACUAUUGCUGGCGGUGAUUCUGAGGAUGAUCAAGAGGGUCUCAGGAAUGUAGAUGAUGACAACUUCAUAGAUGACAGUGCUUUAGAUCCUGCUGAUCGAUAUGUGAGUGACAAUGAACCAAUGGUGAGUGUACAAUGAACAACGCUGCUGACGGAGGGUGAGGAAGAUGAUGAAAUAAAACAGCUUUUCAAAAUGGGUAAAGAAAAAAGGAAGAAGAAUGAGAAAAAGUCUGCAGAAAUGCGCUGUUAGUUGAGAAUGUCCAUUGGCUGAGCUUUGAAGGUUACUGCUGAAGAAGAGGAUGCAGAAUUAAAUAGACGGGGAAAACCUGCCAUCAAUAAACUUAAAAAGUCACCACUUCUUACUGAGGUUCUCUCAAAGAAGCAGCUCCAGCAGGAAUUCAUAGAUCAUGGGGUACUAACUCUUUUAAAAAUUUGGCUUGAACCCCUUCCAGAUGGAAGUUUGCCUAAUAUAAAUAUACGUGCAGCAAUUUUGACGAUUUUGACUGACUUUCCAAUUGAUCUGGAACAGUAUGAUAGAAGAGAGCAAUUGAAGAAAAGUGGUCUUGCAAAGGUGAUUAUGUUCUUAUCAAAAUGUAAUGCUAUCCGACUUUCAACUCUUGGUUUACUAAAUUGUUUACCCUGCCUUUCUCCUAAAGAGUUAAAACCUUGGGUUAUACUUAUGUUGAACAUUUUUUUUGUUGGAAAUAUUAACUUUUACUUGUACUUUCGAAAACAAAUACAGAGUCGACCCAUAUUUGAUAAGAGUACGAGGUUUGAAGAUAUGAGAAACAUUAAUGAUGAUCGGGCCUUCCGAAGGCCAACAAUAAGGAGGCCAGUGAAUAAUUCUACAUUGAUGGAAUGUACAGAUGGUGAUCUGGAUUUGGAUAUUUCAAGGAAACGAAGAUCUGGCCAAUCAUCUUCAAGGCAACGUGCUUUCUAGGCCAGAAGCAACUCCACUGUGACUUUUUAGAGCGCCCUCAGAUCUAAGAUUUGACCUGAAGAAAUUAGAGCC